AUGUCGCGCCCUCUGAAGCAUAGAGAAAUAGCAUGCGAUCGCUGUUUCCGACACAAGCGGAAAUGUGACCAUGCGAAACCUUCCUGUGGCGAAUGUCGUCGUAAGGGUGCUGAAUGCUUGCCUGCACGGUCUCGGAAAACGGGAGAUAACAUCACAAUCCCGCUGGAAUACUUGAAACAGCUCGAGAACCGUCUCGCGGAGUUGGACCGUGUUACAGAAGCACAAACAUGUGAUGCUGGAGUUCAGACGGACUUUGACGACCUAGAACACGGUCGCAAUCAUCCAGGCAAUGAUACAGACUACCUGAUGGUCGAUCAGAAUAGUAGCGGAGCAGAUAAUGACGGUUCUCUCAUGCUUCUAUCAGACUUGCAACACAGCAGCCAAAGAUCACCUCAAACAUCUCCAUUAUCUUUCUCGCCUGGCGCAUUUUCUUUAUUUCCGGAGACGACAUUCGACGUUCCAUGGGUUGACUUGGCGCCCUCAUACCCUUUGACCGAUGAUGACUCCCCUUGGCUCAAAGAGCUCUACACAAAUGUGUAUUUCUCCGUGACACACCGCGAAUGGCCCUUCUUGAACGAAGCAGCUUGGAAAUCAUGGCAUGCCGAAGCAAUCCUAGAUGGACAGGAAGAAUGGAAAGCCUUCUUUCUCCAGAUGGUAUAUGCUAUUGGUGCAUCGCUUUGCAAUACUUUACAGCGAGACCCCUCGCACUCCGUCCGGUCAAGGGAGUAUUAUGCCUCGGCCAUGAGGUACUAUCCAUAUGUUGUCGGGCAUUCGUCUAUGGUCUUACAAAUCCAAGCUUCACUGUUCAUGAUACUCUAUGCUAUGCACUCUCCUUCUUCCGAGGAUAUCACAACGAUCGUGUCUUCUGUGUUACCUUUUUGUACAGCUGCCAUGACAGAGAUCCGGAAGCACGUAUCGAUAUGCGGCGACAAUGGGUCCAUGACCGAGUCUAGCGAAGUUUUGUCUGAGAACAUGUUCAUUACGUGCUAUAUGCUCAAUGAAGUCAUUGUCUCGGGGUGGGAUCGACCAGUAUCAGCUGCCUACAAGGUCGUUGACGAUGAUAUGUGUGCUCUGGGAGAUACCCUCCAACCAACUCUAAGUACAAACCCCGCCAUAAGACAUUUAUUCCGAUUACGCAAGAUCCAAGCCAGGAUCAGAAGAUCGCGUGAGAACAGGGCCCGAAACCCCCUCGCCAGACAUGGUAAAGGCUAUAACUCCUCAUUCAAGUCUGCUCUUGACAGAUGGCGACAAGAGAUUCCACACUAUGAAUCAGACAAUGACCAACACGGCUUCCUCCAUCCUACAUGGAUGCGAAAGCUGUAUGUUUACAGCCUCUUGAUCCUGAUAGAUGAGAAACGUGACUUCAUCGAGAUGGACGGAACAGAGGAAAUUCUCGCGACGAUUGCGGAAGUCUGUCUGAAUUUCCGACUCUUACAGGAAGAAGGACAUGUGAUGUGCUAUACCUGGUCUGCACUUGUGUUCCAAUUCCGAGCAGGAAUCAUGAUGCUUUACAUUGUCUGGGCGACAACCCCCAUCACUGAUAUCCAGGAUCAGCAGCGUAUUAGACAGAACACCCAUCAGGCCAUUGCUACAUGUGCAGCUAACUUGGCUGGUUUCGUCGACCGAUGGAAGGAUGCAAGGCCGUAUAUGAAUGUGUUUGAGUUCAUAAGGCACAAAAUCAUGUGGAAUGCUGGCACAUUUGAAGUCAAUUCUAGUGCCCCGGUAUCACUGGAAGAGGCUGAAUUACACUUGGAGGAGUUGAAAAAGAAGUAUUUACACCGAGCUGUCUUGGGGAUGAUUGAAGAUAUGAUGUAUGGGAGGAGGUUACCUCAGGACUUGUUAGACGAUGACUUCAAAGAGGUAUUGUGA